AUGGGAAAAUUUACGGCCAAACGUAUCCACGGCCCACGUACCGGUGCCGGUGAAAUGAUGGACAUUGUGCUUUCGAAUCAACGUAUUUGUGGUGCCGGUCGUUUCAGCAACGUUUACGUGGCGAAACUCGAGGAACCGGUGGAAAUGACUGUUGCUAUUAAAAAUGUUUGGUUAACGGCGACGAGCGGGAAGUACUCCAAAGAAAACAGCAAAGAUCACGUGCCCAGCACCGAACCUCUUCCCAACCAAGGAGGCAAUUAUGCUUAUGCUGAGAUCGGUGUUUUGGCAAUGAUUCGACAUCCACACAUUGUUCGCCUUCUCUAUCAUUUCUCAAAACCCACCGAAACUGAUGAAUGCUACAGUCUAGUGCUCGACUUUUUGCCGCAAGAACUUGGGAAAUUACUCAAAACAAAGAAACAACCUUUCAACGUGCUUGAGACCAAGGUGCUUUCGUGGCAAAUUUUUAACGCUUUGGAGUACUUAAACGCCUAUGAUAUUGCUCAUCUUGAUAUAAAGCCAAAUAAUUUGAUCCUCGAUGAAUCGACGCUACACCUCAAACUUAGCGAUUUUGGAAAUGCUCGUGUGUUGAAUAAGGAGGCCGAUUACUUAUCAUAUCAGGUGACUCGUUUCUAUCGUGCACCAGAGCUUCUUUUUGGUGGAUGUCGCUUCACGACUUUAAUUGAUGUCUGGGCGGCUGGUUGUGUGAUGGCGGAAAUUUGCACCGGCAAGGUACUUUUUCGAGCUCCCGACCCAAAGAAUCAAGCUCGUUUGGUGGUUGAAGUUCUCGGGUAUCCGACUGAUGAGGAUGUUAAGGCAAUGGACGUUGGAAGACCACGAGUUAGAAGGGGAACAACAAAAGGAAUAUUGGCGCAUCAACCUCAACUCCCAAAAGAAAUGAUCUCGGUGUUGCAGAAGAUUUUUAUCUACAAUGUUCAGAAAAGGGCUUCAGCGGCUCGAGUGAUGACCGAUGAAUUCUUUGCCGAGUUGAAAACGCUGCCGAAACGCCCGAACGGAGUCCCGAUCAAGGAUUUUGGAUACGCAAUUGAAGAACAGCCCAUCAAAGCGACGAAAGCGCGACUUGAGCGAUCGAAAGAGCGUAUGUCAUCCACGUGCCAUCCGGCUAUCAAACAC